AUGUCUGUGGUUAAAGGAAAGGCAUUAGUAAAAAUGGAUGUUAUCCAAGUUGGUGAAUACGAAUUUACUAAACAAGACAUAAUAGGCCAUGGUGCCUUUGCAAUGGUGUACAAAGGAAGAAAGAGAAAGAAUCCAUCGCAAGCGGUUGCCGUUAAAGUCGUGACGAAGAAAGGUUUACAAAAGGCUUCAGAGAUCCUCGUGAAAGAAAUAAAGAUUCUGCGCGAACUGACUGCCCUUCAUCAUACAAACCUUGUCGCUAUGCAUGACUGCAUGGACAGCACUGCCUAUGUUUACGUUGUUAUGGAGCUAAAAAGUGACCCGGAACGAUUUUUGUUACCUGACGAUUGGGAUUGCACUUUUUCUGGUAUUGGAAAACAUAAAAGUUAG